UCACUGUAAUCUUACGAACCACUGCACCAACCCCCAUCGCUUGUAAUGGAUCCCGUUGGACCAUGGUCGUAUUCGUACAAUCGAAUACCGAGCACAGCUAGUGGAGAGUUCCAUCACCAUCUCGCAACGGCUGCCGCAGCAGCCGGCGGCACGGCAGGAUUGGCCGUGCAUCAUAAUGCGACCGGCACGUCGGUCGGAAUACCAUCCACCACACCGCAGCUCCUGCUACAAUCCGCUCACACCACCUCCCUCGGCACGACCAGCGGUCCGUUCAAUCCGCCCGGGUUCCUGUCGCCGGCCAGUGUUGCCGGAUACGAUGCCGUCUUCACACCGUUGUUCCAUCAUGCGGCCACCGCUGGCAACCCGAAACCCGCCCACUACAGCACGACAAGCGGCGGGGCCAACGUUGCGGCCGGAAAUAGUAGUACAAUAAACCCUCAACAUCGGCAGGUGCUUAUACAGGCACAAACCCCAGGCGCUGCUAUAGCAGCGGCGGCGGCAGCAGCUUCUGCAGCCGCCGGCAAACAGCACGCCGACAGUCUUCGGGACAAUUACGCAUCGACGCAAGCAUCGGUAGCAGCGGUGGCGGCACAUCAUCAGCAAAAUCUGCUAACGUUUAUCGGACAGCAAGCAGUUGCCACCCAUAAUGGUCCGAGUGGGGCAGCGACUAGCAGCAGUGCUGCCAACACGUCGUGGCAGAACAACAACAACCAGCUACCGAGUCCUUUCGGUAUAAUGCCGCACGAAAAUGUGCUACCCGCGAGUCCUUCGUCCAAUAGUAAUGCGAUAAGUGCGACUUCUGCAGGAACAAAGUACGAAAACUUUGGCAAUCACUACAACAACACUCUGCAUCACUCACAACAUCAGCAGCAGCAGCAUCAACAGCAGUUGGUUUCUAUUGCGGGAAAGGUUGCGGCUGCAGCGUCACCAGUAGUUGCGGGACGAUCCGCCUCGCCGGUGGUGAACAUAGUGACGAAACCUGUCGGACAACCACCACCGAGUAAUGCAACAUCUGGUUACUUCACUGGCAACACUGCCAGCAACAACAGCAGCAGUAGUGCUCCGUACGAGUCAUCACACCCUUCAAGUGGAACAUCUUCGUCCUACCAGUCAGCCGGAGCAGCCACUAACGUCGGCGCAACAAGUAAGUCUUGUCCUCCAACGAACGAUGGUGUCGUUGGUCGUGAUUCGUCUUCGCUCCAACCGGUCUCAACGGGCGGAAGUGCUGUUGGGGUUUUGGUGGAAUACAACACCAAAGGGUUCGCUUCGGCCAUUUCCUCUCCCUCGUCUUCGUCGUCAUCCGCCCUCGCGUCCAUCACUGACAAGGGAAGACAUCCCGUCUCACCAGGUCUUCAGCCUCCGCACCAGCAGCAACUACAUCAGCACCCUCAGCAUCAUCUCUUUUCGCAACAUGCGCUCAAUCACUACCCAAUGCCACGACCCUCGUCUACGGAUCAUUCCCCACCGGCGACGAUACUACAGUUCGGGGGCGGACAAAAAGUUCGAUCACCCUCGAUCGGUUCGCCAUCUUAUAUUGGUGGUGGCAAAACGUCCUCACAGGUGAUACUGAGUCAGCAGCCCCAAUCGUCACCCAUCAGCUACUCGAUGACGGAUAGCGCUCUCCAGUCAAAAAUGACCUCCAGUCGCCUUAAUGGGACUGGCUCGUCUAACAGUAAUAAUAGUAGCAAUAAUAAUAAUAAUAAUAGUAAUAAUAAUAAUAAUAGUACUAGUGCGAGCGGUAGUAGCAAUACAAACGCGCAGUCUCAACCACAGUCGCAGCAAUAUCAGCAGAACAGAACCAGUGCCUCACAUAACUAUAGGUCCUCUUCUUCUUCGUCCUCCUCCUCCACUUCUGGUAGCUAUGGCGUUUUGCAAUUGGGGGAAUCGGUUGGCGGAGGUGAUGGAUCGAGUCAGCAGCAACAGCAGCAGCAGCAGCAGCAUCAGCAACAACCCUAUCCCCAUCCACACAUGCACCAUCACGCCCCGUAUCAUAUGUUGGCCAUGGCAGCGGCUGCUGCUGCUGCUGCCGCUGCUGCUGUCAGCUCGAGCGCGAAUCCUUCCACUAUCUCCACCGUCAGCUCGUCGUCUCUGUCGCGCGUACCAUCCUCCUCACCGGCAGCCGGUUCCACCUCAUCCACCUCGUCGGGUGUUUCUUCCGACUAUUCCUCGCCAUCCUCCUGCAAUAGUAAUCCCCCUCGGAAAGGUUCUCCUUCGAUACAGGCCGGCUAUAGUGCGAUUUACGGUGGGCAACAGCAACAAUCGUACCAGCAGCAUCAGCAAUCCUUCGGACUAGAGCACUCGAAAGGACACGCUCCUCAACAUCAGCCACAAAUUGCAUAUCCUUCUGUCAUUACUCGGACUCAGCAAUCGCUACCGAUAUCACAUCAGCAGCAAGUCACGCAACAUCCACAACAUCUGCUUGAAGCGCAAUGGGAAUCCCCAGCAGAAAGCAAACACGAUCCAAUGGUAAUGGUGAAGAAUCUGCAGCGUCCUACACUGGAGGAGGCGUCCAGUGAAUCUUCAAGGACGAUCGUAACGGAAACAGGCAAAGUCUCGAAAAGCUCGCGCAAUAAUAGCGCUGGUAGUGGUGCAACGAAAUCUAGACGGAAAAAAGUAGAAGCAACUGCUGACAAAACAGGUUCAAAAGCGAAUGGAUUGGAGCAUCAGCAGCAUGGUGCAACUUCAAAUCCUGAAGGAUCACAGGAUGAGAUUCAUCGAAGCGAUCGUGUUUCCAUCAAGUCGGAACACGAAUCUAGCGAAGGGCUGGAGCAACGAUGGCAUUAUGGAGUACCCAACGGGGACGUCGGGUUUUCGGUUCCCACCAGUUCGCCUUCUUCGUCGUCCUCCUCUACCGCCUUUUUUCCAACCUCUCCCCAUCCCCCUCAUCAUCAUCCUCACUAUCCUUACCAUCCUCAUCCUUCGCUUCAUCAUCUGCAUCACCACAGUGUUUCACAAUCUGAGGGAAGUGCGUCCUCCAACUCUACUGCCUCCUAUACGACACUCCUGAACGUACCACAAACUACGACCACGCGAUCACAACAAUCGCAUGAUAAAGUAGUCGUGCCCAAUAUAGAAGAAGAACUUGGCUUUCUUGCAGAACAUAAUAAUGGUACGGGGAGUCCACGUACCACCCAACCGGCGUCUAAACCAGCUCUGGAGACGGACAGUGAUGUGGUGGGAUCGCCACCAGCGUUAGCCCCUUCUGCACCGAAAAAGCUAAAUAUUCCGGACAACAUGAACAAGGGCUUUAUGGCAAGCUAUCUGAAGUUUCUGCAGGGUGAACGGGAAGGUUCUCCACCACCGGUAAUGCGAGCUGGCCGAAAAGCGACCUGGUCCCGACCAGUUCCUUCAACACCCUCAGGCCCUUCGAAGGUUAAUACACCGACAAACACGGCGACUAGUGGCACAAAAGACACACCAUCGGCGAAAACGAACGAUGUUAGUAGUAACGGUAUCCCAGCUGAAAGUGAGAACCUAUCCGCUAAUUACAGUAUUACUGCUCUGCAGACUUCCAAACCGGUGCCGGCAUCGCAACAGCAGACGACGAACACAAAUCGGAAGCGAAAACCUGCCGGCGCAACCACCAAUCACGAAGCCAACGAUCCACUGGUUGUUCCGCAGCGGCGCGAAAUGUCCAAUCGACGGGCGAAAGCGAAAGCCGUACAGUUGCAGCAAGAACUAAUGGCAGAAACUCGACGUGCAGGAGCAGGUGGGGCACAGCCAUCGUUCGGUUCGCGUGCAGUUGAUGAUUUGGACGAACUGGCCGAUUUUGCGCAUGAUUCCGAUUCCGAUCCAGCCUGGACACCGGAAAGCAAUAAGGACGACGAUGACGAGGAGGAACCAUCGAACGGCAAAAGGAAGUUGAAAAAGACGAAAAAUGUGUUCGAUUCCGGCGAACGGGCGGCCAACAAACAUCAGCAGGCACGUUCGAAUAUUCUUUCAGUUGCGGCCGCAGGUGCUGGAAUAGCUGAUUUCGACUACGGCAGUGAGGAGGAUGGGCAUACGAACGGCUUGUCUGUUGCUAGGACAAUGGGAUCGGCAACUCCGGUACAUUCACAAACGAUCGUUGGUGCUCAGCAGCAGCAACAGAACUCAACUACUCCUCAAACUCAGUUGCAUCAACUUCCACAAACGACCAUAAUGCAUACGCAAACCGUUUCACAACAAAGGCCAUCUAAUGCACCGCAUCAACAGCAAAUGCAGAUGUACUCUUCGCAGCAACCGGCGAUCACGUCACAGUAUAAUAUACAGCAAACACAACAGCAGCAAUCGCUCAACAACACUGGAAGCAAUAUCGUCAGCAACACGGCCAGUAUUCAAGGAAACAGCAAUACAAACUUUGAGGUGGGAGAGUUUGUAGUGGAUCGAAGCGAACUAGCACAAGACUAUCCGCCAAUAUGGCGCGUUGAUGGGAAAAUGUUACUACAGAAGUACGAACCGUUCGAUGAUCAGAGUGGGAAAAUUCUUUAUCGCCAUGUAACGACGUAUUCAGCCUGGAACGAGGAAUCGAAGAAGAAAUACGUCCGUGCUCCUGUACAUUUUUGGGUGCACAAUCAACUAGAAUCGAUCGUCGAGUUUGUGCGCAGUGAGGUGUCCGGAAGCGCACUGCUAGAGAACAAGCUGCUAGAGAAAUCGAUGGACGAAACGAAGGCGUACCAGGAUGUGUUCGAAGUGUACAUACAGACAUUAAUAUCGCAGGCAUUGGAUCCAAACUUUUUGAAGGAAAUCUUCCAAGAGCAAGAUGACUAUUUCCUGUCCCGGGUGAAAUCGAUCGAUAAUCUCACGGAAGAUCGCCGACGACGCCUCGUCCAGAUAACACCCUGGUCGCGCAACAUUCUUAACGCGUUGGCCACUUUUCCGGCGUACGACAUUAUGACCGAGUUGGGACAUAUGUCCCACAACACCGUGCUUCAGCACUGUGCCGCCUGUCAUCAGCCCGGCAUUGCGGUGCGUGUAUUGCUGCAGGGUCAAACGUACAAUACGGCAACACUCGCAUCAACUGCCGGUCCACCUGCCUCGUCCCAGCAGUACGAAAAAAGCUUCCAGCUGUGUCGCGGCUGUUCGGCACGGUUCGAACUGUUGCACAAAAUCUGUCACCAGAAGUACAUGAUGUUUGUCGAGUGUGCGAAGCGUGUUAAUCAACAGAUAAGGAACGAUUCCAGCAAGGCGGCAACGGUUAUACUCAACGAACUGCUCGCCGAUGAACAUUGGCUUUCCAUGCUCUUUAAGGAAGUGCGCAGUAUUUGGGCAGAAAUAGAAUGUUUGGAGCGGCAAUAUCGGGCUCAGGUUGGUGACUCUCAGUAG